AUGUCGAACAAACGAGGAGGUCCGGCGGAACCCCCCUCGUUUCUCCAAGAAGUCGCCUUUCUCGCCGUCUCCGCGCUGUUCAGUUGUUUGGUCCUUUCCUUCGGAUUGAAACGUUUAGACCCGAACAGACAAACCUCAAAAGCCGCGGAACAGAGGAAAAAAGAAAUCGCCAAACGUUUAGGUCGACCUAAGUUAGUCACGAACGUGUACGAAGACGCGAUCGCGGCUGACGUGGCGAACCCGGACCAUAUUAACGUCACGUUCAACUCCAUCGGUGGAUUAGAAGACACGAAAGAAGCGCUGCAGGAACUGGUGAUAUUACCAUUAGUGCGGCCGGAGUUGUUCUCGAAAUCGAAUUUGUUGAAACCAGCGAAAGGAGUGCUGUUAUACGGACCUCCCGGGACCGGGAAGACGCUGCUAGCGAAAGCGUUGGCGAAAGAGUCGCAGGCGUGCUUCAUCAACGUGCGAACGAGCACGUUGCAAUCGAAGUGGUUCGGCGACGCGCAGAAACUCGUCACCGCGGUCUUUACUUUAGCGUGGAAGUUACAACCGUCGAUCAUCUUCAUCGACGAGAUUGAUUCUUUUCUGGGAACCAGGAAAAACAGCGAACACGAAGCGGUGACGCAAAUGAAGACGGAGUUCAUGACGUUGUGGGACGGUUUCAACACGGACUCAAACGCGCGAGUGAUGGUGUUGGCGGCGACGAAUCGCCCGUGGGACGUGGACGAAGCUAUUUUGAGACGGUUGCCACGGUCGUUCGAGGUUGGUUUACCGAAUAAAGAGCAGAGGGCGAAGAUAUUAGGCGUCACCUUGCAACACGAGAAGUUAGAGAAGGGAUUCUUUUUGAACGAAAUGAACGCGCCUAUUUGGCAAAUUGCGGAAAGAACGAAAGGAUAUUCUGGAUCUGAUUUGCAAGAAUUGUGCAAACAAGCUGCGUAUGGACCUGUGAGAGAUUUGCUGAGAAGUGAAACGCGAGGAGAGAAUACCGGAGGUGGGUGCAGAGCGCUGAUGAUGAAAGAUUUCGAUGAGAUUUUGAAAACGUCGAAUACGAGUGCUCAAGCCGCGAGCAGUUACCAGUACGCAGACGAGAUGAGGAAGAAUACUAGAAGCGCGAACGCGCGAGAAGGGUACCAAGACCCAGAGGAGAUAGAAAAAGCACAAUUGAUGAUGCAACAGAUGAUGGCGGGUUUAUUCCAAGCCGCUCAAAACGAAUCUUCUCGAUCCGGUUCGCCCUCCUCCCAGCCGAAAGAGCUCGACUAA